AUGGCUGACGCGUCGUCUCCGCCACCCGCCGCCUAUGCGGCAUCGCCCGUCACACCCAUCAACAUCAUCCUUCUGUCGCUCUUCGUCUUCCUCGUCUACCUCCGCCUCAAGCCUGCAAAGCCGCAGGUCCUUCCGCGCGCUCCGCCCCCCACCGUCUUUCGCACCUUCACUCCGCCCGACCUUUAUCCAUACAAUGGCCUGAAUGGCAUGCCAGUCUACCUCUCAGUUCGCGGACGUGUCUUUGACGUGACGUCGGGAAGGAACUUCUACGGUCCCGGUGGCCCCUAUGCGAACUUUGCUGGACGUGACGCGAGUCGUGGUCUGGCACACGGUAGCUUCGAUGAGGACAUGCUGACCAAGGACUUGGACGGUCCGCUCGACGACCUGAAGGAUCUGAACGAAGAGCACUGGGAGGCUCUCCGUGGCUGGGAGGAGCGCUUCUCGGAGAAAUACCUAGUCGUCGGCAAGCUUGUUCCGGUAGGAAGCGAAGAAGCUCAAGCCGCCACAAUGCAGCAGUAG